AAUAAAGCCGCACCAGUCGAAGAUGGAUGUCUCGUUUUGUCCGACCAAAUGUAGUUUUUGGAAGGUUUUCUGGCUCUGGAGCAUUUGGGGAGACUACUUGGUUUCCGUUUUGGGUUGCCCUGCCAACUGCCUUUGCAACAAAACCGAGAUCAAUUGCAAAAAACCGGAUGAUGGCAACCUCUUCCCUCUGCUCGAGGGGCAAGAUUCGGGAUCCACCAAUGGAAAUGCCAGCAUCAACAUUACGGAUAUCUCUAGGAAUAUCACUUCGAUAUACAUAGAGUAUUGGAAGAAUUUGCAGACUUUGCAUGCCGUAGACAUGGAGCUGUACACAGGACUCCAGAGAUUGACAAUCACGAACUCAGGGCUCCGAAGCAUCCAGCCGCGAGCAUUUGAUAAGAAUCCUCACUUACAUUACAUAAAUCUCUCAGGUAACCGGCUGACCACUCUUUCGUGGUUACUCUUCAAGACGCUGAGGCUUAUAGAACUGAAGUUGGAAAACAAUAUUUUUAACUGCAGCUGUGAUAUCCGCUGGAUCCAGCUGUGGCAGGAGAGAGAAGAAGCCAAUUUGCAGAACCAGGACUUGUACUGCACGAGCAUGGAGACCAGCCACAUACCCAUACAGGAGCUGAAUAUCAACCAGUGCGAUUUGCCUGAAAUCAGCGUCAGCCACGUGAAUCUGACCGUCUGCGAAGGCGAAAACGCUGUUAUCACGUGCAACGGGUCCGGUUCUCCUUUGCCGGAUGUUGACUGGAUUGUGGUCAACCUGCACUCUAUCAACACACAUCAGACAAAUGCCAACUGGACCAAUGUCCAUUCCAUCAAUUUAACCCUGGUGAAUGUAACCAGCGAAGACAAUGGGUUCCUGCUCACGUGCAUAGCUGAGAAUGUGGUAGGAAUGUCUAAUGCCAGCGUACUUCUCACUGUAUACUCUCCUCCCCGUAUCCUCAGCCUACUGGAACCGAUUCGGCAUAUGGAACACUGUAUCGAGUUUUCAGUCCAUGGGAACCCUCCACCCCAAAUUCAUUGGCUGUACAAUGGCCAGUUCCUUAGGCAAACCGCCUUCAUCCGCAUGGACGUCUACCAGGGUGGUGACAUCACAGACGGCUGUUUGCUCUUCAACCAUCCCACUCAUUACAACAAUGGCAACUACACCAUCGUGGCGACCAACUACUUGGGAACAGCCAACCAGACUGUCCGAGGACAUUUUCUGGAGAAACCAUUUCCAAGCAUUUCAGAUAUCUUUGUCACAUAUGAGUACAGUCCAAGUCCCUCCCCUCUCAUCACAGUGACACAUAAACCAGAGGAAGACACAUUUGGGGUCUCUAUCGCAGUGGGUCUCGCGGCUUUUGCCUGUGUUCUCCUGGUGGUCCUAUUUAUUAUGAUCAACAAAUAUGGACGGCGAUCAAAGUUUGGAAUGAAAGGCCCUGUGGCUGUAAUCAGUGGAGAAGAGGAUUCUGCCAGCCCUCUUCAUCACAUCAACCAUGGCAUCACCACACCUUCAUCGUUGGACACUGGCCCAGACACGGUGGUGAUCGGUAUGACCCGGAUUCCCGUCAUUGAAAACCCACAAUACUUCCGACAAGGCCACAACUGCCAUAAACCAGACACAUAUGUCCAGCAUAUUAAGAGAAGAGACAUCAUCCUUAAAAGAGAACUGGGCGAAGGUGCUUUUGGGAAGGUGUUCCUGGCUGAGUGCUACAACCUCAGUCCCACCAAGGACAAGAUGCUAGUAGCUGUGAAGGCUCUCAAGGACCCAACUUUGGCUGCCCGAAAGGACUUCCAGAGAGAGGCAGAGCUGCUCACUAACCUGCAGCAUGACCAUAUUGUGAAAUUUUAUGGUGUCUGUGGUGACGGAGAUCCACUCAUCAUGGUCUUCGAAUACAUGAAGCACGGAGAUUUGAAUAAGUUUCUGAGGGCACACGGGCCAGAUGCAAUGAUCCUUGUGGAUGGACAGCCUCGGCAAGUCAAAGGGGAAUUGGGACUUUCUCAAAUGCUGCACAUUGCAAGCCAGAUCGCCUCAGGAAUGGUUUAUCUGGCCUCCCAGCACUUUGUACACAGAGACCUGGCUACGAGGAACUGCUUGGUUGGAGUUAAUCUACUGGUGAAGAUUGGAGACUUUGGGAUGUCCAGAGAUGUCUACAGCACUGAUUAUUACAGGGAAGUGACGCAUCCGAAGGGCUAUUACAGCAGAACGUGGCAGCAGCAGAGAAUAUCAGCCAUGGCAGCUACAACAGUUGGAGGACACACCAUGCUGCCAAUCCGCUGGAUGCCUCCUGAAAGCAUUAUGUACCGGAAGUUCACCACAGAGAGCGAUGUCUGGAGCUUUGGAGUAAUUCUCUGGGAGAUCUUCACAUAUGGAAAACAGCCUUGGUUCCAGUUGUCAAAUACAGAGGUCAUUGAGUGCAUCACCCAAGGCCGAGUCCUGGAGAGGCCCCGGGUUUGCCCCAAGGAAAUUUAUGAUAUCAUGCUGGGAUGCUGGCAGAGAGAACCUCAGCAGAGGCUGAACAUUAAGGAAAUCUACAAGCUCCUUCAUGCUCUGGGCAAAGCCACUCCAAUCUACUUAGACAUCCUCGGCUAGCAGCGACCAAGCUUCGAAGUUGUUGCUGUGUCUUUUUUCUCCCCACCCUACCUCUCCCUUGACCUCAAGCCAACAUAUUCAUAUAAACUCAAGUGCCUGCUAUACAUACAACACUGAAACAAACAAAAUCGAAAGAGACAAGUUAAAGGGAAACGUGGAAAGCCUCAAUCAUAGGUAAGGCAGUUGAGGCUAUAUACAGAGAGAGAGAAAGAGAGAGAGAGAGAGAGUGGGAGAGCAUUUGCUCCUGUAGCUGCUGCUAUUCAAAAUAUAACAUCCCAGAAGCAGAAGGAAACCGUGAGAGAGAUUGAAAUAUUUCUACAGUAUUAAACAGAACACGAGGGGGGAAAAAAAAAAACAAUAUUUAACUUAAGAUUAUGGAACUGCAAAUCCUACAGUGUCCUUUAGAUUCUGGCUAUUGGGUAGAGUUCAAUUCAUUUGGAAAUAUAGAAUAACAACAACAAAGGAAAAGUUGACGAAAGCAUACCUAAUUGGGCACUAAACUGGCAAUUGGUCCUGUUAUUCCAGGAUGAUUUCCCCCAGGAGUAACUUCCUUUUAAAAGAUCUCAUCUACCAUCGUAAUACCACCGACCCCACCUUGCCCUUCUGGCUUUAAACAAUUCUAGAACCUCUGUUGUCUCCAGGAUAUCUCAUUUUACCCCAAGGUUCCCGAUUCUCUCCUAUGUGUAAAUGUUUCAGUUUUGGAAUAUAUACCGUUCAGAAGGUUCACUUCACCUACUGGUCAAAUGAAGCAUCAGAGGAACGCCCACCCAGCUGCGAAGAAAACCAAGAAUGGAUCUAGUACCGUUUACCUGAUCGUUUUCAUAUUUCCUUUCCUUUUCAAAUGGGAGUCCUGGAAUUUAUCUUGAGGACCCAAACAAAUGUCUGCAACAGCCAUACGCGAAGAAAGUUUACGAAGUGGAUACCUUGGAGACAAAAAUCCCAGAAAUUCUCACCGGAAUAAUUCUAGAUAUGCAAAACACCAGAUACAGCUAUUACAACUAUUCUGUCGAUAACUAUUGACCCAGCUGUCAAUUCCAAUGAAGUGGCUUGAAAGCCAUGAUCUCAGUGGAGGUGGU